AUGACCUUCCACUGCAUUUACAGCGAGCACACCGACCACGAGACAAUCAACCGUGCCAUCCACUGGCUCAACGAGCACCACCACCACCACUCGGCUAACGACUACCACAACUUUUGCCGUGAGCUGUAUGGCCCCACUGCCGGCUACGUUGUCAACCCCGAGCUCGAGGGCUUCCACGGCCUCAAGGCUGUCAUGGUUCUCCAGGGCCCCAAGAAGGUCAUCUUCUACCGCCCUGGCGACUCGUCCCAGGCGCUCCCCAACCCCCACGCCCACUGGGAGUGCACCUACCGCGAGCACACUGCCGACCACCACAUUAGCGAGGCCAUCGCCUUCCUCAACGCGCACGAGCACAACAAGCCAAACCUGAUGCGCCUUGCCCACCAGAUCUACGGCAGCCACUCUGGCGUUGUUGUCGGCGCUGAGGUCGAGGGCUUUGCCGGCCUCAAGGCCGUCAUGGUGCUCAAGGGCCCCAAGACUGUCAUCCUCUACAACACUGGCCAUUAA